AUGAAACUACUAUCUGAUACCCCCAUCACCGACCUCAAGUCCCUCGCCGCCGCCAUCCAAGUCCUCCACAAGACCUACCAAGUCCCGCACGUAAUCAUAACCUCCCUCCGCUUGACACGCGACAACCAGACCAUACCCUCGAGACCAGUGUCCAAAGCCGGCACCGGCACCCACACUCCCUCAGACCCCCAUCACCUCGACGCAUCACCCUCACACCCAGCCCCCCAACUCCGCGCCCCCCAAAUCGACCUCUCCGACAUCGAAAACCUCACCAUCAUCGGCUCAACCGCAACCUCGGACUACAAACCGCGUCUCUUCCGCAUCGACACCCCGCAACUCCCGCUCUUCUUCUCAGGAACAGGAGAUAUGUUCGCCGCGCUCACGAUCCCGCGGUUGAUAGAAGCCGUACACGAUGCAUCGACACCCGACUUUGAUCUGCAUGCGAAACCGAGCUGGCGCUCACCAGACGACGUUCUAGCUGAGAACUUGCCGUUGGCGAAAGCGUGUCAGAAGGUGCUUGCGUCCAUGCAAGCGAUACUCACACGCACGACGACGGCGUGUCAGGAGAAGAUGGCUGCGUAUGAUGCGCGUGCUGCGAAGGAAGGGCGGGGUGAGGGUGAUGAGGCGGAUGAGGAGGUUGCCAAGAAAAGGCAUUUGGCGCUUAUGAAUGCGAGUGAGGUAACGGUUCCGCGGUAUGUCAAGGAGAUGAUUGAUCCGCCGGAUCUGGAGCGGUUCAGGCCACGGGCGGUGUAUGAAGGGCAGAGUGUACCUGCGGAUGUUGGGGAGAGGAAGCCGGAUGAGUUGAACGUGCUGCAUUUGGGUGUUGGCACGAAGGAUGGUGGGGCGAUGCAGGUGCUUCAGUCAGGGACGCAGGGCAGGGUUGUUGGAGAGGAAGAGAAGACGGAGGCGGGUGAUUCAUGA